UCAAAAUGGAGAUUUCCCUCAUUUUGCAUGUUUGUUUUCCCAUUAAUAACUGAUUUUCAGCCCAGCAUUAAACAAUGACAUUCCUCCACAUCAAUCAAGGGGGUAGUAGCAUGAGUUUGCACGUAAAAUGGGAGUUGUUUAAAGCAAACACAACGAGAAGUUAGGUCGUCAUUCUCAUCCCCUCCUUUCCUCCAUCUUUCCCCUCCAGUCAGAUGUUUGACCUCACUUGCCGGAAAUUGCAUCGGCAGUAACCAGUCCUCCUUUGUUUUUUGACCUUAUUCACAGGAAGUGUGGCAGAGACGCGUUGGGUAGCCCCGCAAGAGAAGAAAAAAAAUAGAAAAAUUCGAAGGAGAAAAAAACUCGGCGAAUUUGUGGGUUCGGGCGGAUUUGGACGGAGUUUCCGAACUGUCCCGGCCCGAGGAAGCCCCGGGGAGGGUGAGAGAGUUGUCAGCACCGGAAUGAUGGAAGAUUCCCAUUUUAACUCCUCAUACUUCUGGUCUCCCGUUCCUACAGUGCAAGGACAGAUUGAAAACGCCAUGUUUCUGAACAAAAUGAAGGAGCAGCUAGGCCCUGACAAGAACCCCUCCUUCCCCCACUCCUCCUCCCACUACCCCACUGCUGUGCUAACUGUGCCGGGUUCCGUCGCCAUGGAAGCUGGGGGGCGGGCACCAAAGCAGGAAGGGGGAGGGGGCACCUCGUUGGCAAGCGGAGGGCAUCUGCACCCACCACACACCUCCCAAAACAUCACCGUGGUGCCUGUGCCCUCCACAGGCAUCAUGACGGCAGCGGGGCUUGUAAUCACCACUCCCCAGGGCACGCUGGUCUCUCCACCCUCCUCCUCGCAGUCUUUUGUGUCCGGACACCCAACCACCACCAUGAUAGUGUCCACUCUGCACGCCCCAAACCCAGAGGCAGGCUGCCCCUCCUCUCACUACCUGUACAGCAGCAACAAGAAAGAGGACGUUACCAUUUCCCCAGCAGUCGUCAUGCCAACGCCCUCAAAGCGGGGCAGGAAGAAGAAGUCAGUUUUGCCACGGGCGGGCCCUGCCACUACUGGCCACACGCUCCCCACAGGAAGUGACGCGUUGAUCCUGGCUCACCUGGCCUCCGGGGGGCAGCACCACGCAGCUGACCCUUACGACCUCUCCAACGAUGAGGACGACCACAGCAAAGACGGGAAUAAGUCUUAUAGGUGCCGGAUGUGUGCGGUGACCUUCUUCAGUAAGUCAGACAUGCAGAUCCACUCCAAGUCGCACACAGAGGCCAAACCGCACAAGUGCCCCCACUGCUCCAAAUCGUUCGCCAACUCCAGCUACCUAGCGCAGCACAUCCGCAUCCACAGCGGGGCCAAGCCCUACACCUGCUCCUACUGCCAGAAAUCAUUCAGGCAGCUCAGUCACCUACAGCAGCACACACGAAAUCACACCGAGGCCAAACCGCACAAGUGCCCCCACUGCUCCAAAUCGUUCGCCAACUCCAGCUACCUAGCGCAGCACAUCCGCAUCCACAGCGGGGCCAAGCCCUACACCUGCACCUACUGCCAGAAAACGUUCAGGCAGCUCAGUCACCUACAGCAGCACAACAGGAUCCACACUGGUGACCGGCCUUAUAAAUGUGUGCAUCCGGGCUGUGAGAAGGCGUUCACCCAGCUAUCCAACCUACAGUCUCACCGUCGGCAGCACAAUAAGGACAAGCCGUACAAGUGCCACAACUGCAACCGCGGCUACACGGACGCCACCAGCCUGGAGGUGCACAUGAGCACCCAUACAGUGAAGCACGCCAAGCUCUACUCCUGUGGCCUGUGUAAUCGAACCUACACCUCGGAGACGUACCUAAUGAAGCACAUGAGGAAACACAACCCAGACCCCCUUACAGCCGCCACGGUCGCCGCUGCACAGCAAUCCCAGCAGCAGCAACAGCAACAACAGAGCCAAGGCCAGGCUGGCGGGGGAGGGGCGCAGGGCCGAGGGGAAAGGGGCGAGGGCAGGGCGGCAGGCGGGGGCGGAUCAGGAGCCGGGCAGGCUCAGAGCCAAGGCAACCACAGCAACCCCAACAGCUACCCGCAGGCAGAGGGCGUGUCCUGCUCCUUCGACCUCCACCAGUACAAGACAGUGUCAGCUGGGGACAUCCAGUACAAGCCGGUCACCGUCGCUGACCUGACCGCCCACAAGGACCUCUGCCUCACCGUGUCCACUUCCGCCAUCCAGGUGGAACACCUCAACUCGUAG